AUGUUUACUGAGAUAAUAGAGCUUCCGGAAGGUGUUGAUCCGCAAGACGUUAGUCUCUACGAAUGCAUCAGCAAUGAAGAAGCUAGUCGUGAAAUCGUCAAAGGGGUAAUGUUUAUAGUUUUGACAAUAUUCAAUGUAAAAGCUGCUGUGCUAAAUGCAAACUAUUACCGUAAUCGGCUUACGAACCGAGUGAUGGAUAGCGGAUGCGAAUUCACUUCACCACAGGAAGCACAAAGUCACGCUGAUUUGACAUAG